CAAUGGAACUUCCCUUCAACUUCAUUGCUCUCUUUCUUUUGGUAGCCUUCAUUUCAACUUUAAUCAAGCAAAGGAAUGGAUCCAAAGCAGCCCAAAAGCUGCCUCCAUCUCCAUGGAAGCUACCCUUAAUUGGAAACUUGCAUCAUUUGAUAGGUUGCCCACCCCAUCAUGCUCUCAGAAAUUUAUCUGAAAAACAUGGACCUCUAAUGCACUUUCAGCUCGGUGAAGUUUCUUCAAUUGUCGUAUCAUCGUCCCGUCUUGCAAAAGAGCUAUUAAAAACUCAUGAUCUUGAAUUUGCAGAUCGAGCUGAAUUUCUAGCAACCAAGAUACUGUGCUAUGACUAUGGAGAUGUUGCUUCUGCUCCAUAUGGUGACUACUGGAGACAAAUGCGCAAAAUUUGUGCACAGGAACUCCUGAGUCCAAAAAGUGUUCGAUCGUUUGGUUGUAUUCGUCAAGAUGAGGCUUUGAACCUUAUUUCAUCGAUCAAGACUCUGGCUGGUGCCGGAAAAAUUGUCAAUCUAAAAGAGAAACUGGCCUCAUACACGAGCUCCAUGGUUUGCAGAGCAGCAUUUGGGAAAGUCAGCAAGGACGACCACAAAGCGUUCUUACAGUUAGUUAUGGAAGCACUGCCCCUUUCAAGUGCUUUUGAAAUAUCUGAUUUGUUUCCUUCCCUCAAGAUUCUUCAUCCCUUCUUUUCAGCCAAAACAAAGUUGAUGAAGGUCCACCAUAAGAUGGAUGUCAUUUUGGACAAAAUUAUUGAUCAACAUAUUGACAACCUAGCAAGAACAAAGAUGACGAUGGGCGAAUCCGGCCACGAAGAUCUAACUGAUGUUCUACUAAGAGUUAAAGAAAGUGGUGACCUUCAAUUUCCAAUUACCAAAAACAAUGUCAAAGCAGUCCUAUUUGACAUGUUUUUAGGGGGGACCGAAACUUCGUCCACUACAUUGGAGUGGGCGAUGUCCGAGCUGAUGAAAAAUCCAAAUGUGAUGACCAAGGUUCAGAAUGAAAUAAGGAAAGCUUUUACGGGGAAGAAGACCAUUGAAGAAAAUGAGAUACAGCAGUUGCAAUACUUAAAGCUAGUGAUCAAAGAAACUUUGAGGUUACAUCCUCCUGCCCCUUUAUCAGUUCCCAAACAAUGCAGGGAGCAAUGUGAAAUAGAUGGAUAUAGCAUCCCCGUGAAAACAAGGCUGUUUGUUAAUACUUGGGCAAUCGCAAGAGAUCCUGAAUAUUGGGAUGAUCCAGAGAGUUUCAAGCCAGAGAGAUUCGAAAACAGUUCAAUUGAUUUCACAGGAAAUCACUUUGAACUUUUACCAUUUGGUUCAGGAAGAAGGAUUUGCCCGGGAAUAUCAUUUGGUAUAGCCAAUGUUGAGCUUCCUUUAACUCUUUUGCUCUAUCAUUUUGACUGGAGGCUCCCAAAUGGCCUGAGCCCUGAUGACUUAGACAUGAUAGAGAGCGUUGGAAUUGCUACAACUAGGAAAAAUGACCUUUGCUUGCUGGCCACUCUAUAUGAUCCUUAACUUGAUAGGGCACUGUAACCUCCAAAGACGGACAUAUUGGCAUAUCUUUUGACGGUCAACAGCAUUUUAGUCAUCUUACCAGAUUUCCAUUUUCACAUUUUGAGUUAUUCAGAAUAAAUUUUGGUUUAAUUAGUUCAAGUUUUGAAUUGGUAAGUUUGUAGUUUGGCUGAUGUUGGUGGUAAUGCCUUAUGUAGCUCUAUCCAUUUUGUGUGUGAUUUUAAUU